UGACGGGAUGAGUAAAGAAACAGCUCAAUGCGAGUCUGUACUGCAGGGAUUAUUCUUUAGCUAAUCAUAUCCAAAAUCAAUGUUACAAGAGGGAGCAUCCUAGUAUAGUUUAGUCUUCGUUAAAGAGUUAAGCCGGUUAACUAGUGGAACUAAUAUCUGGGCGUUCACCAUGAGCUACGAUGAUGAUGACUCCUUUCCAAAGGAUUACGGAUAUGGAGCAUACAAUCAAGAUGGUUUGGAUUUGGAGCCCAAUGCCACCAGCAGUAGCGAAACAAAACCAAGGAUAUUACUAAUGGGGUUGCGCAGAUCGGGCAAAAGCUCCAUUCAAAAAGUGGUCUUCCACAAGAUGGCUCCGAAUGAGACUCUUUUUCUUGAGUCAACCAGCAAAAUUGUCAAGGAUGACAUCAAUAAUUCCAGUUUCGUCCAAUUCCAAAUUUGGGAUUUUCCCGGCCAAAUCGAUUUCAUUGAACCGACUUUUGAUUCGGACAUGAUCUUUGGUGGAUGUGGCGCGUUGGUCUUUGUCAUAGACGCCAAAGAUGAUUAUAACGAGGCCCUGACCAAAUUCAAAAACACGGUUAUAAAAGCCCACAAAGUUAAUCCCAAUAUUAAAUUCGAAGUUUUUAUACACAAGGUGGAUGGCAUUAGCGAUGAUUCUAAAAUGGAAUCCCAACGUGAUAUACAUCAACGAUCUUCGGACGACCUCGGAGAAGCGGGGCUGCACAAAAUUAAUUUGAGUUACCAUUUAACUUCCAUAUACGACCACUCGAUAUUUGAGGCGUUUUCAAAAGUGGUGCAAAAACUAAUACCCCAACUACCCACACUCGAGAAUCUGUGUAAUAUAUUUAUACAAAACUCGGGCAUAGAGAAAGCCUUUCUGUUUGAUGUCGUUUCCAAAAUUUACAUUGCCACCGAUUCGUCGCCCGUGGAUAUGCAAACAUACGAACUGUGCUGUGACAUGAUUGAUAUGGUCAUUGAUCUAUCCAGUAUAUAUAGCUCUGAGGAAACUGCGUUUGACAGCGGCAGCGCCAGUCUGAUCAAGCUAAACAACAAUACCAUAUUAUAUCUGCGAGAAGUCAACAAAUUCCUGGCCCUCGUCUGCAUUCUGCGUGAGGAGAAUUUCAAUCGCCGGGGCAUAAUAGAUUACAAUUUUAUAUGCUUCCGCGAUGCCAUUAGUGAAGUUUUUAAGCUGCGUCUUAUGAGCCAAGCGCGAUUGGAGAACAACGAUCAAGAUGAUGAUGAUGACGAUGACGGGCCUCCUCCGGCGACGCCAUCACCAUAAUGAUAAAACCCCCAUCCACUCACCUGGUUAACCGUGCAUAAAGAAUAAUCAACUAUUAUUAAGUUACACGAUUGUUGUGAAGACAUUUUUCAAUUUUUAUGUUUUAUUUUUACUAUACAUUUUUUUCUAAUCUAUUUUUGUUCCAAUUUUGUUAUUGCCUUUGUUUUCCUGUUUACACAUAUUGCUGCAACAUUUUAAGACCCCCACACAAAAGCAAGCAAACAUCCAACGGUUAAAAGUAACAAAAACUAAUAAAUAUGUUAUGUCUAUUUUUUAAA